GUUCGGUACGACUGGAUUGUCCCGUAACCUUAAAACAAGGACUCUUUCCUCGUGUAAUAAGUGAACUUCCUGGCAAUAGCCCUCGUGAUGAACAUUUGGCUGAAAUUUUGUUGCGAAAGGACGAACUAACAGAUUUAGGGGAACUUUUAGACGAGCUACUUGAUACCAUGGAAAAGGUAUUUCAACGUCCUUCGGAACGGACUGACUUAAUUUCCAUUAAUGUUAUAGAACAGUUGGUUGCUGGUUGGGGAUGUCGUACAGGAAACUUCACCUGUGCCCAGGAUAAAGGAGCAUCGACAACCGUACGAUACGUUGGGGCAUUGUUGGAAGCCGCAUCCAUUAUGUACCCUGUUGACUAUUUAAUUAACGUGGAUGAAUUGAUAGGAAAUAGUACAUCAACCGGUACUUUAACGGCUACUCAUAAAGUGUGUAAGGGAGGUAGAGAUCCAAUGAUAUCGGUUGGACUAAUGAUAUCCGUACCACUAUUAAUGAUAAUUGUUGAAUUAUUACCAUUGUUAUUUGGUAAUAAAGUGUGGUGGCUGGCUUCUGAUAUCGGAUUUAAACAUAUUGCUUUGUUGCGAAGCACUAGACCAUGUGGAACGAAAUGUAAAAAUGAUUUAAUUGAUUUACCUAAAUGUACUACUCGUCCCGGUGAAAUUCCUUGUCAAACUAUAGUUAGGUUUAGUGAAAAUGAUGACCAUUUCGGAUUAUCAUCUGAUCUUUAG